CAUGUAAACAAAGCAGCAUGGCGGCGGCACUGUCUGGAGAGAAGAGACAGCGGCGAACAUUGAAGUGAUCUUAUCAGUGAUUAUUAUCGAUCUGCGAUCAGCUGAGAGACGGACUCAAUCAAUAAGUCAUCAAUCAAUCAGUCAGAUCGAUGACGGAGAGAAAAGAUGGAGUCUGUGAGGAAACGACUGGCUGAAUGUUCGCAGGAGGCUCACGAUCUGUACCUGAACCAAUCGGUGCCGUACCUGGACGGACCGCCUGACCCGCUGCUCUUCUACAGAGACUGGAUUGGUCCCAACAAGCCCUGCAUCAUCCGCAAUGCCUUCAACCAUUGGCCGGCUCUGUCCAGGUGGACGCCCGACUACCUGAGAGAGAAGGUCGGGUCGAAGGUCAUCAGCGUGGCGGUGACUCCCAACGGUUAUGCCGACGCCGUCAACGGGGAUCGAUUCGUGAUGCCUGAAGAACGACAGAUGUGCUUCUCCUCAGUGCUGGACGUCAUCGAGGGGAAGGUGCAGCGUUCCGGUGUGUUCUACGUUCAGAAACAGUGUUCUAACCUGCUGCAGGAACUUCCUGAACUCACCGACGACCUCGAGCCUCACGUCUCCUGGAUGAGUGCUGCACUUGGAAAGUUACCAGAUGCAGUGAAUUUCUGGCUCGGAGAGGCGAACGCCAUCACGUCCAUGCACAAAGACCACUAUGAGAAUUUGUACUGCGUCAUCUCUGGAGAGAAACACUUCAUCCUGCUGCCGCCCACGGAUCGCCCCUUCAUCCCCUACGGUUCGUACCAGCCGGCCGUUUAUCAUCAGCGGGACGACGGCGAGUUCGAGGUCGUCGAUCAAAGCGACUCAGAAAAGGUACCGUGGAUUCCUCUGGACCCUCUGGAUCCGGACCUGCAGCGGUUCCCUCAGUACCGACAGGCUCGGCCGCUCUGCUGCACCGUGAAGGCCGGAGAGAUGCUGUUCCUGCCAUCGCUGUGGUUCCACCACGUCAGGCAGUCACAUGGCUGCAUCGCAGUGAAUUUCUGGUAUGACAUGGAGUACGACAUCAAGUACAACUACUUCCAGCUGCUGGAGGCGCUGUGUGAUGUCACGGCAGCCGGAGCUAAAGUCUGCGUCAACCAAUCAGGGCUGAGAAUAAACUCUGACAUCAGUGAUGUCGACGAUGUUUCUUCCUCAGUGUGAAACAACCUCUGAACAUCCUGAAACAUCCUGUACAGAUAACAGAUUUCAUUAUUAGUCACAUUUAGAGGUUUUCUACAAACACAACAAGCAGCUGAUGUUAGGCAUCAGAAUAUCAAUAAAUUUUAUAACCUGCAUCUGAAAGACGUCGACGAUUUGAUUUUGUGCCAUAGUGUCAGAAACAGUUCAGUAAAACGAUCUACAUGA